CUAAGCCAUGCAUGACAAAGAGGUGAUGAAAGCUAUGAAGUGCUCCAGUUCAUUGGGACAGUGUUUGAUAGCCAGAGCAGAUUACAGAGGAGGAAACACCAGUCUGUGGUCCACAGAACUGAUUCUGGACACUUGCUGCGUUUCUUUGACAAGAUGAGCGUUGCGUCCGUGAGCAGGCUUCUGAAUGACAAUGUGGGCUGCAGUGAGGAUGUGAAGACCAACUCUGUGACGGAGAUGGAGAUCGUCUCUAAUCAGACGCUCCUCGCCUCGCUUCUUCCUCUUCCUCAGCUUCAGUCAUCUUCUCUUUCCGCAGUCUGUCCUCCAUCUGAUCAGAUCUACCUGCAGGCAGCAGCAGUUUUCCAGCAGCUGCACACAGAGAAGCCAGUCACACAUCAAGGUCUGCAUUACGGAAAAAAGACGGACACGCCGCCACCCGAGAGUGGAGGCAAGCCUGCACAGAAACAGGCCUACCAGCUCGCCUUCAACACACUCAAAUAUCAAGAUUUACUUGAGGACAUGAUCACUGACAGCUGCUUCCACACGUCUCAGCAGAUUUCCAGCGACUUGUUGCCGUUGGCGAUGGUGAUGCUGUUUGACUUCCAGGACAGACGGUUUCUGCUGUGUGAACGAUCAACAAAAGAAGAGCAGGAGGCCGUUCAGGAAGUCAGAGACCUGGAGAAAAGUCUGCAGAGGUGUAAGACCAAGCUGGCAGCAUCUCUGGCUCGCUACAGAGUGAAGCAGAGUCUACAGAGUGUCUCGUGUUUUCUGUCGGAUUCUGUCAGAACCAAACAGCACAGAGCAAAGAGUCUGCCGCUUUACGCAUGGAUCAACACUCUGCAGACCAGUCUUGAGGAGGUGUGUGAAGCCUUGCAGAGCUCUGGCUUGUGUGAAGUGAAGAACAUGACUGAUCUGAAGGAGUCGACGUUCUGCAUGGAUCCACUCUGUCCAGACACGCUCGUCUUCUCCCAUCGUCUUCGGUCUCGACUCCAAAACAGCGGCCUCAGCAGCACACACAUACUGAACAUACAGGACAGGACUGUGUGUGUGGCGGUGAGUGUGUUACGCCCCCUGCUGUUUGAUAAAGGUGACGUCCUGGUGGCUGGAUCCUUCUCGGCUAUGACCACUGCACAUAUAGCUGUAGCAGCAGCUGCCCGCUCAGGCCGAGUGCUGCUCUGUGGCGCAGAUCAUAAACCUUCCCAAGUAGAAGAGAUAAAAAAACUACUCACUCACAUGGACGUGAAAAAUGUUCGAAUCCUGUCAGAAGCAUUCUGCAGUCUGAAAGAGUUUGACGCUGUCGUCCAGCGGUUGAAGGUCAUCAUCGUGCUGCCUCAGUGUUCGUCCUCGGCCCUCAAUGACCCUUUGACCACCAUCCACAGUGAACACGGAGAUUGGGAUCUGCUGCCAGAUUUAUCUCAUGGUUCUGUUUCUAAGAACAAAAUACACUCUCUGAGCUUCCGACAGGCUCGACUACUAGGACACGCUCUCAGCUUCCCAAAGGUCCAGACUGUGGUCUACUGCACACGCUCAGUGUAUCCUGAGGAAAAUGAGCAUCUGGUGAAAAGAGUGUUAGAAAAAACACACACUCACCCCAAACUGCUGCCCUUCAGGGUGAACGGUCCGAUUUUCCCCGAUGAUUCCUCAUCAGGAGACGCAACAGACUCCAAGUUUUUCUGGCUGAAAGCCUCGCAGUUCACUAACGGCUGCUUCAUCGCCAGACUGUCCCGACAGGCUGAUCCCACCAAGGUGGAAACAGUCCAGGAUGUGCUGGCUAGGGCAGCAGCUAAAGGCCUCCUGGGCGGAAUAAUUCCCGAACAAUCAAAAACCGGUAGAAAGAGGAAAGUCAAGAAGAAUCGAGCAGCUUCAGCUACGAGCAAAUCUUCUUCCCCCUCCGGCGAAGAGACCGGAGGGGAGUUUGUGAACGGAGAGGAUGCAGUCGAACCUUCAGAAUACGAAGAGGGGAAAGGUGGGGAAGAGUUCAAGGAUAGCGAGGAACAAGGAGAAAAAGUUGGAGAUAAAGAGGAAGAAAAGGGUGAAAAGAAGAGGAGGCGCAAGCGAACGGUAAAACGGCACCCAAAACUAACCAAAAAAACCCCAACAGCCUCUAAACCUAAAAGCCACAAGUUGAAGACAACAAAGAGAAGAGAAAACCAAUCACACCUCAAGAGGCGUCAGACGAAAAGCAAACAAAGACGAAUACCUCGUCUCACCCUGACUUUAAUCUCCUCUGCAAAACCCUCCAACCACUUGUCUCCGAUCACAGCUCUGGCACACAAGCUGAGUGUCACUCCGGCGAUUAAAUCACAGCAGACUGUCCUCGACUCUCCUCCUCCAGCAGGAAAACAUCCGCCGCCUGCUCAUCGUGGUCCAGCUCCUCCUCACACCGCCUCCAAGAGACAAAACACUCAGCCAGAAAGAGCAGCAAAAACAGAAAUGAAUUCAACCAAACCAGCAAAGAAAGCGGUCAGAUCAGAAACCGAGGCAGUGAAACAGGCGGCAGAUUUUGUUUUGCCGCCAAUUUCUUUGCCAUCCUCAAGUUCUAAACGCAGCAAAAGUGGAAGUUCGGAGUCCCAGCUGCCGUCCAGGACGUCCAACAUGUCUGCAUCCUCAGUGUCUCUGCCGGGAUUAUAAUCUAUAACAGAAUGGAUUAUAAUAACACAGACUCACUGAUGCGGUGCUGUUUAAAGUGCUGGAAUAUACUGAUGCUAUAGUGGGUGUGAUCAUGAAGUUAAAGACAUGCAAAUGUGUCUAAAUUAUUUUUAAAAUUAUUGUAUUGAAAUAGGUUUCAGAGAACCUCUUACAGUGUUUUGUUUUUUUAAUCUGCUCAACAUCAAAAUCUGCUAACUUGGUUUUGAAUCUGAGUUCAUGUCAUAAGGUAGCAACUCAUAAAGAUGAGAUUUAAGAAAAAAAUGGAAAAUAUAUUCUGGUUAUAUGUUCAAUUUUUAAAAUUUUAGCGCAAUUAGGAACUGUACAUUUAUUAUUAAAGGGAAUGCUGGAGUGGUUUUGAGCAUUUGUUGAGUAGAAUAGCCGAAAGUGGUCCAAUUAGCAGAGAGCUUUUCACUCUUUCGAAUUCUCAAAUAAACAUUUUAUUUAAAUCUUC